AGUCGGCGGCCGGGUGGCCCAGCUGGAAACAGUGCGUGGUGAAGCGAGUGAGGCUGCCUAAAAUUCCACACCAGCCAGGCUGAGGGGCGGGAGAAGGCCCGGAACCGAAAUCUGAGGGGAACCCAACUACUCCCAACCCGUAGCCAACUCUCAGCGAAGAUGGCGGGUCCUGAGCUGCUGCUCGACUCCAACAUCCGCCUCUGGGUGGUCCUGCCCAUCGUUAUCAUCACUUUCUUCGUGGGCAUGAUCCGCCACUACGUGUCCAUCCUGCUGCAGAGCGACAAGAAGCUCACCCAGGAACAAGUGUCUGACAGUCAAGUUCUAAUUCGAAGCAGAGUCCUCAGGGAAAAUGGAAAAUACAUUCCCAAACAGUCUUUCUUAACACGAAAAUAUUACUUCAACAACCCAGAGGAUGGAUUUUUCAAGAAAACUAAAAGGAAGGUUGUACCACCUUCUCCUAUGACUGAUCCCACCAUGCUCACAGACAUGAUGAAAGGGAAUGUCACGAAUGUCCUCCCUAUGAUUCUUAUUGGUGGAUGGAUCAACAUGACGUUUUCAGGCUUUGUCACAACCAAGGUCCCAUUUCCACUGACACUUCGCUUUAAGCCUAUGCUACAACAAGGAAUAGAGCUGCUCACGUUAGAUGCAUCCUGGGUGAGUUCUGCAUCCUGGUACUUCCUCAAUGUAUUUGGACUUCGCAGCAUUUACUCUUUAAUUCUUGGCCAAGAUAAUGCUGCUGACCAAUCACGAAUGAUGCAGGAGCAGAUGACCGGAGCAGCCAUGGCCAUGCCCGCAGACACUAACAAAGCUUUCAAGACAGAGUGGGAAGCUUUGGAGCUGACAGAUCACCAGUGGGCACUGGAUGAUGUGGAAGAAGAACUCAUGGCCAAAGACCUCCACUUCGAAGGCAUGUUCAAAAAGGAAUUGCAGACGUCAAUUUUCUGAACACUGUGCAGGGAUUAGCUGUGUCCGGAACUUGGAGUAAUGCUUAACCUUGUAACUUUCGUUGGAGCUGGAGCCUCUGAGAAUAAAAGGAGGAUGCAAGGGCUGGCGGGCGUGCAGCAGGCUCAUUCUUGUCUGAGCUGGGUUCCCCUUUGUGUUGGAAACUAGAGGAAAGAGGAGUUGCUGGAUGAUGUGCUGUUUUAAAAGGUUGUAAAAGUUCCUCAGGUGACUCUAGUUUAGAAAGUCAGAGAAAGGGGAAAACCCAAGCUACCAAGAAUAUAUCAAAACUUAGCAAAAAUUUCAGCCUUUGGAAGAAGCAUCAUCAGUUCUAACUAGUCAUUAUGUUCAGUCAGCCUGACUUCUAACCACAGUAAACUCCUGUUUUCUUAGGAUCCAAACACCCUGCAUUUUACCUUUAAUUUCUUGUUAGUAUUUUUUAACUUUCUUUACAAAAGUAAUACAUUUUCACUAUCGAAAGUUUAGAGACUGCAGCUGAGGAACUUAGAACUUCUGCACUGCUCACUUGAGCCUACAGAACCACGCAGAGUCAGUGUGUCCUAUCCUUAUUGAAAUCAACUCUUUCAAGAGUGAAUCCCCAGGGCCAGGGCAGACUCAGCAAGCCUUUCAUAUCUCUUCAUGUUGUCCAGUGAAAACAGGUGACCCUGAGGCACGGCCAGACUCUCAAGUGCCUUUGGGAUCAUCAGAGACAGGUUACAUAAUACAAGUUCUUGAUCUGAACUUGAGAAAAUAUCAAAUCCAUUGGCCAGUCAAUGGUGCUGUACUGUAAAUGGCUACUCAUUUGAACGAGUGACCUCAUUUCCCAGUUCCUCUGGACAGGAGAGAAUUUACAUAUCACUGUCAGAGGGCACGAGGGCAGCUGCUGAUGGAUACAUAGAUCAGGGUGACCAGAAAUCCUCUGUCUAGAUGAACAGCCCCAGGGAAGUGGCAGGGUGCCAUUUCUGUACCAAGAGUUGGAUGUAAUUUGCAUGUUGAGCACUGUAAUCAAGAACAAGCAACUCUUGACUCUACUAAUUAAACAAUCCUGUUUUCUCUUUUU